UAUUCAACUUUGAACUUUCGUUCAAAGUUAGCGAUGGCAAAUUCUAACGAGUAUUAUCUGUCAAUUUACGCGGCUCUUGAGACAUCUUGGCUUUCUCGUUGCUUUUUUCACUUCACUUGUUUCACGGAUCUUCGUCCAAUAAACAUCUCUGCAACACCAUUGUACAACAAAGGUAAAUUAUAUAUUAGUUUUUCGACUAAUAUAAAUCAUCAAUAAAACCGCCAAUUUUUUAAUUUCAAAAAUACUAAUUUACUUGUGUUUUAUUUCUUCCUUUUUUAUUUUCUUUACACUGCUCCGCAACAUUUUGGUCACUUCGAACCGAGAUACGGGCUUUCCAGCAACAACAACUAAUCUGGUUCAUUUCUUAUUCAAAGGUUUGACAUCGUCAACACAACCAUCCAAAAUCAUCAACUCUCGCCAAUCAUCAUAAUCAUCAAUUAUUUUCAUUAAAUUCAUCCACUCAUCACUAAAAGAUAUGGAAAACUUGAGUAAGAUGGCCGCUUCCCUCCCAAUUGUGGAUGACAACAUCCCAAUGUCGGAUGAAGAGAGAGAGUUUGAAGACAACAAUGUGGCUCCUUUGGGAUCACAAGACUCGGCUUUUAAAGAAAUUAUCGAAGCUCCUAAUAAGGACUCUGCUCCGGGUCUUCAAGCCUGCCAAACCAGCUCAUCGGCUGACAAGAAGAUGGUUGCUUCUCCUCAUCGGGAGAAUAGCACGGCAACUGUGGCUCUCCCCAGCACCGCAUCGGUUGUCUCUCCUCAUCAGGAGAAUUGCACGGCAACUGUUGUGUCCAAUCUGGGAUUUUCGUCCCAAAUGGCGGUUGAUACCCUUCCGGUACUUCUGCCCAAUAAUGAAGAAGUAGGACCCGCUUCUCCUCAUCGGGAGAUUGCACGGGCGCGUUCUGUUUCAACUUGGACUAUUCCUUCGGCGUCUCCCCAUCGGGAGCUUGCACACGCCAAUGAUGAAAACACAGCAAAUAGUACGGCCACAAUUCCUUGUGGUAAUCGACCAGUGGCAGGAUCUAAUCGUCCACAGGGACCGAAAUGCUCAAUAUGCAUGCAGAGGCAUUUCUUGAAAGAUUGUCCCGAGUUCCACAAGCUACCUUGUGUGAAGAGAAUUCGAUUUGUGGUGCAGAAUAAUUUCUGUUCGAAUUGUUUGACCCGAUCACAUAUUCUAAGAGAUUGUUUCAGUGUGCGACGAUGCAAGAAGUGCAACAAUAACCACCACACACUUCUCCACUCCAACCAAACACUCCAUGGAACUGUCCGCCCUUCGGGUAGUAGAGGCUAUACGUCUCGUGCAUUUAAUUCGUCGCCCUCGUCCAAUUCAAUUUCGUCCGCUAAAAUAAAGACCUCUGCUAAACGUCCGUCUGUUCGCUCUCAUCCGAUAUCGUCCGCCCCUUCGGGCGCCGUCCGUCCGAUAGUUCAGUCCAUACAGCCCAUUGUGACUCUGGGGCCUACAAUGGUGGUACAAAUUGUUCUUCCGGACCGAAAAGUACCAGUUCGAGCGCUAUUGGAUCCUUGUGCUGGACAUAGUCGAAUUUGCUCCACGCUGACUAGUAAACUCCAGCUCAGCUCCUUAAACGUUGGCCAGGAUUUGUUCUGCCAACUGACUUUACAGUCUUUUCACGACCAGACGCAGCUGCUUCGUGUAUCCGCACUUAGCAUGCCCUUGAGACAUGUGGUCACUCCCGCGCAAUCUGCUCCAGACCUAAUAAAAGACCACUAUGCUGGGAUGCAACUAGCAGAUCCCGAAUUCUACAAGUCCGCUCACAUCGCACUAAUUCUUGGUCCCGAUGUGUACCCGAAGGUUAUUAAAUCUCAAACCCAUUCGAGCCCAGGGUUCCCUUGGGCUCAACUUACUAUCUUUGGUUGGGUGGUUUCCGGUCCUUGCCCACUGUGAAGUUGCCCGAGAUGAUCGGCCUAGAUCGAGACCAAUGGUCUAAAAUUUGUUGAAGGCAAUCUUCUAUUGCCU